AUGGCGCAGACAAAACACUUCUUUUCCGACCCCACUCAUCUGGUGCACACUGCGCUAAACUCCCUGACACUCACAAACCCUUCUCUCGCACUCGACCAUGAGCACAAGGUCAUUUUCCGGCGGCCCGAAGCCGUAAAGAAAGGAAAGGUGGCUAUUGUUACCGGUGGAGGCUCUGGUCACGAACCCGCUUUCGGAGGAUACGUCGGCCAGGGCCUCUGCGAUGCCUCUGUGGCAGGGACUAUUUUUGCUUCUCCAUCUGCAGAGCAGAUUCGCAUUGCCGCGAUGGAGCGCGUUAACCAUGAGAAUGGAGUCCUCAUCAUCCCCAUGAACUACACUGGCGAUGUUCUGAACUUUGGUAUGGCUACAGAGAAGUCCCGGGCUGCCGGUAUCAGCACCCAAUUCUUUGCUAUGAAUGAUGACGUUGGUGUUGGAAAGCUGAAGGGAGGCAAAGUCGGCCGCCGUGGAAUUGGAGGUGGUAUCUUUACCCUGAAGAUCGUCGGGGCUUUAGCAGAGUUAGGUGCCUCGCUUGACCAAGUCUACCAGACUGCUCAGCUAGCAAACGCCAAUAUUGUUUCAGUGGGUUCCUCUCUGGAGCACGUUCACGUGCCUGGCAGAGAGCCCUCUGAUGACCACAUCCCUCACGGCGAGGUUGAAGUUGGCAUGGGUAUUCAUAAUGAGCCAGGAUCUCACCGGAUCAAGGCCACGCUUGUGGAAUUGGUCUCGACAAUGCUCCUUCAAUUGCUUGACCACAACGACCCUGACAGAGCCUAUAUUACUCGUAAGCCGGAAGACCAGUUUGCGCUCCUGAUCAACAACCUCGGAGGUGUCAGCACCCUCGAACUGUCGGGUAUAACCGACGAGGUCUAUCGCCAGCUCAACAAAGACUACAAGAUCAAGCCCGCGCGAGUCAUCCAGGGCACAUUCCUCACUAGUCUUAACGGGAUGGGUUUCAGUAUCUCAUUACUCAAACUCGCAGACACAGGGCUGGGCCCUGGCAAGUCCUUCCUUGAGCUCCUCGAUGCCCCCGCUGAGGCAAUCGGCUGGGCCGCCCCCGUCAGCCCCGAGAGCUGGGAGUACCGAAACAAGCCGGGAGUUGAAAUGAAGAAGGUCAAGGCAGCUGAGCAGCCACCUAGCAAUGUCAAGCUGGACAUCGCCCAGAUUCGCAAAGUCCUCAAUGCUGCCCUCAACAGCGUCAUUAAAGCAGAGCCCCUAAUCACACGCUACGACACAAUUGUUGGAGAUGGAGACUGUGGCAUUGGCCUCAAGCGUGGCGCCGAAGCCGUCCUCGCACUUAUCAACGAUACUUCUAUCGACUUCAACGGCGAUGUGAUCAACACCAUCAAUCGCAUCGUAACAGUCGUCGAGAACACCAUGGAUGGUACCUCUGGCGCCAUCUACGCUAUCUUUCUGAACGCCCUCGUCCACGGACUACGUGAACAAGACAAGGGCUCUUCAACACCUGCCGAUGUCGACGUCUGGGGCUCCGCUCUGAAGUACUCCAUCACAGCCCUCGGAAAGUACACACCUGCUCAACCGGGCGACCGAACCAUGGUAGACGCACUUGUUCCCUUCGCUAAGACGCUUGCGGACAAGAGAGACGUGCAUGCUGCUGCCAAGGCUGCGGAGGAAGCCACCGAAGCCACAAAACACAUGAAGGCCUCGCUUGGGCGUACAGUGUAUGUUGGUGGCGAGGAGGAGUGGGUUGGCAAGAUUCCCGACCCUGGCGCAUACGGACUCAAGGAGUUCUUCAACGGGCUGGCAAGUGCUCUGUGA